AUACGUGCUCUUCUCCGCGAGACAGCCCAGCCUGUUGCCGUUGUGACGUGCUUCAUGCCGUCAUCUCAACCACCGUCUCUGCUCGCCUCAUCAGCGUCUCAGACGUUCCAUGGCGCGACUCUCUCGUCUUUCACGUCGAUAUCUAUGUCUCCAUACCCGCUCGUCGCGUUCUCUCUUCGCGUCCCAUCCCGCACCGCAACAGCUCUAUCCUCAGCUUUAAAUGCCCCCCUCUGCAUCAACCUCCUCUCUGCACCCCAAUCAUCUACUGCACGAAUAUUUUCUCGUCCGGAUCUACAUCCCCGCCCUUUUGAGGCGUUGCAGUGGUCUUCGACGAAAGAAGGCCUUCCCACGAUACACGGCAGUCUAGGAGCCCUUUCAUGUCGCCUCGUUGGCAGUGCAUGGCCAUUACACGAUUUAGAUGCGCUGGGGAGCGGCUCUUCGGGCCAUUCGGAUCAGGUGGAAGCGGAAGAGGACAGAGGCGACGGGGUCGCGUCGGAGUUGUUUAUCGCGCGAGUCAUACGCGUGGAGGAGGUGCCGUCGGCCGAGGGGAUAGCGGACGACGCGUCGCGAGCGCUGCCAUUGUUGUAUCACCGACGGACUUACGCGACUGCAGGCGAUUUUCCU